AUGAGAUAAAGGGGUAUGUGAGGAAAAUGCUUCAUUAGGGCAAUAUAUUAUACGUGUUUAAUUGUGUGCUAUUCUGUUUUCAGCUGCCGCUGAAGGAAAAGGCAAAAGUGGAGAAGAUUUCUUUCAGAAGAUCAUGGAAGAAACUAACACCCAGAUCGCCUGGCCUUCUAAGCUGAAGAUUGGUGCAAAAUCAAAAAAGGAUCCCCAUAUUAAAGUCUCUGGAAAGAAAGAAAACGUUAAAGAAGCUAAAGAAAAGAUCAUGUCUGUCUUGGACACAAAAAGUAAUCGAGUCACCCUGAAGAUGGAUGUAUCUCAUACAGAACAUUCUCAUGUGAUCGGCAAAGGAGGAAAUAAUAUUAAAAAGGUGAUGGAGGAAACUUGCUGUCACAUCCACUUUCCAGACUCGAAUCGAAAUAACCAAGCAGAAAAAAGCAAUCAGGUGUCUAUUGCAGGACAGCCAGCUGGAGUUGAAUCUGCCAGAGUAAGAAUACGGGAGCUGCUUCCUCUGGUCCUGAUGUUUGAAUUACCUAUCGCUGGAAUCCUUCAACCAAUCCCUGACCCCAACUCUCCCACAAUUCAGCAUAUAUCACAAACCUACAAUAUUUCAGUGUCCUUUAAACAACGUUCGCGCACAUAUGGUGCUACAGCCAUCAUCAGAGGAUCUCAGAAUAACACUAAUGCUGUAAAGGAGGGAACAGCCAUGCUAUUGGAGCACCUGGCUGGAACCUUGGCUUCCGCAAUCCCUGUGAGCACACAGCUAGAUAUUGCAGCUCAGCAUCAUCUCUUCAUGAUGGGUCGAAAUGGCAGCAACAUCAAGCAUAUCAUGCAGAGAACUGGUGCUCAGAUCCAUUUCCCCGAUCCUAGUAAUCCACAAAAGAAAUCCACAGUCUACCUCCAGGGCACGAUUGAGUCGGUCUGUCUUGCCAGACAGUACCUCAUGGGCUGCCUUCCUCUUGUGCUGAUGUUUGAUAUGAAGGAAGAAAUCGAUGUUGAGCCACAGUUUAUAACCCAACUAAUGGAACAGCUAGAUGUCUUCAUUAGUAUUAAACCAAAGCCAAAACAGCCAAGCAAGUCUGUAAUUGUAAAAAGCGUCGAGCGGAAUGCCUUAAACAUGUAUGAGGCACGGAAAUGUCUCCUGGGCCUUGAGAGCAGUGGAGUCGCCAUAGCAACAGCCCCAUCUACCGUCUCAUGUCCUGUUGGACUUUCAUGUCCUGGCUUGGAUAUCCUAUCCUCCACUGGGUUGGGACUCACUGGACUUGGGCUCUUGGGUCCAACUGCCUUAUCUGUAAACACAUCCACUACUCCAAAUUCCCUUUUAAAUGCUCUUAAUAGUUCUGUGAGUCCUUUGCAGAGCCCAAGUUCAGGUGCACCCAGCCCAACCUUGUGGGCCUCGUCAAUUGCUAAUGCAAGUGCUACAGGUUUUCCUGCUAUUCCUCACCUGAUGAUGCCGUCUACGGCCCAAGCCACUUUAACCAGCAUACUUCUCUCCGGAGUGCCAAACUACAGUCAAAACACACCAUCUCCCCCUCCUGGCUUAACCCCAGUUGACAUCCAUGUUAAUGGCAUGCAAGCGGAAAACAAGAAAAACCCAGCUUCUUUAAAUGGUCACGUAAAGACCUCAGCUAUGAACUAUACUGCACUAUCGGCCGCGGCACUUGGUGAAAAUGUGUUAGUUCCAAACCACAGCGAUCCAUCCAGGCAGACAAGUAGCCAUAACACCUCUGACCAAGUGGCCACCAAGUCGAAUGCUGGCGAAGGUUGUAAUGAUGCUUUUGUGGAAGUGGGCAUGCCAAGAAGUCCUUCACAUUCAGCGAAUGCCAGUGAUCUCAAACAAAUGACGAGCUCCUCCAAACAAUCCUGUGCAAAGAGGCAGACUGUGGAACUCUUGCAAGGCACCAAAAAUUCUCACUUGCACACCACGGAGAGAUUGCUGUCAGAUUCGGAACUGAGUGCCUCGGAGAACCCUGUGGCUGACAAGAAGGCCCCUGGAAGCGAACGAGCAGCUGAAAGGGCAGCUGCAGCCCAGCAGAACUCCGAAAGAGCUCGCCUUGCCCCACAGUCGUCUUACGGGAAUAUGCAGGCAUUUGACUAUGAACAGAAGAAGCUAUUAGCAACCAAAGCUAUGCUAAAAAAGCCAGUUGUUACGGAAGUGAGAACUCCAACGAACACUUGGAGUGGGCUUGGCUUCUCCAAAUCAAUGCCAGCUGAAACCAUUAAGGAAUUAAGAAGAGCUAACCACGUAUCCUACAAACCAUCUAUGUCAACAACUUACGAGGGCUCUUCAAUGUCUCUCUCUCGGUCCAACAGCCGGGAACACCUGAGAAGUAGUAGCGACUCGGAUAACUGGAGAGAUCACAAUGGCAUCGGUCCGACAGGUCCGAGUGACUUUGUUUCGUCCAUUGGCAGCCCUAAGCGGAAACAAAAAACAACCGAACAUUAUCUCAGCAGCAGCAAUUACAUGGACUGCAUCUCCUCCCUGACAGGAAGCAAUGGCUGUAACUUGAACAGUCUAUUUAAGGGAUCUGACCUGCCUGAGCUGUUCAGCAAACUGGGUUUGGGCAAAUACACAGACAUAUUCCAGCAACAAGAGAUUGACCUUCAGACAUUCCUCACUCUCACAGAUCAGGAUCUGAAAGAGCUUGGAAUUACUACUUUUGGUGCACGGAGAAAAAUGCUGCUUGCAAUCUCAGAACUGAAUAAAAACCGGAGAAAACUGUUUGACCCUUCCAAUGUACGUGCCUCGUUCCUGGAAGGCGGCGCUAGCGGAAGGCUGCCGCGUCAGUAUCAUUCGGACAUUGCUAGUGUGAGUGGCCGCUGGUAGCAGGAAAUCUGGGCUCUCACAGUUGACUGCACAAAUGGACAUGGCACUGCUGUGGACAGCCACCACUGCACACUACCCUCUGCACUUUGGGAGUUUAGGUACCAAGGACCAAAGCCUUCUUUUCUGCACAAAUCCUUGUGCCAAAAAGAGAGAGAGAGAGAACACUUUGUCUGUCUUUCCAAACACCAAAUGUGGAUUAUCUUUUACUCAUGUAGAUUGGACAAAAUUUGCAAUAAUAAUUAUAAUAAUAUAGGGUUCUUUCUUUAGUAUUUUAUUACUUGUAAUAACUAUAUUGUAUGCACUGAUUUUUUUUUACUUCUUUGAAUGGAGAUGAAGGGCUGGGAUACCAGAGGGGCAUAGCAUGUGGUUUUUAUCAAGAAGGUAUUUCUGGUACUGCUUAAUAAUUAAUUGAGGUCUUUCUGCACUUUACGUGUUCUGAUUGCUUGUCCUGUGGAAAUUUUAUUGUUUUCCUUUAAUUUCCAUGGAAAAAACAUUGUAUUGGCACUAAUCAACAUUUGCCAGGUGUGUUCCCACAUUAGAUAAAAAGAAGUCUUGGCAUAAAUGGUACUAGCAAAUCAAAUUUUGAUUAUUUUCUUCCUUAAAGAAGUGUAGAGAAAGCUUCCAUUUAUCAGGUCUCCUAGUGGUAGACUCGAUCCUCUUUUCACAUUUGGGAGGCAAGUCUAUAAACUGCUUGCGAAGGCUUGCACACUGUAAAAGAUGCAACGAAAGACCAAAAUGGACCUCACUGCCAUCACUUAACCCUAUUUAGCUGCUGCCUAUAAUGUAGAACUGAUUUUAAUGGUUGUCUCAAAGCAAAGGACUAUUUUAGUAUAAACUGCCACUAAAGGACACUUUAUUUAUAGCAAACGUCAUAUUUUUAGAAUCUGUACACUUACAGUGCAUAAAAGAGUAAACUGAUCUACUAAAAAGUUUAUGAUAGAGAAUGGAAGGCAAUUUACCGUACCAGAGCUCUGGGCUCUUGCUUUGUUUAAACAGAGCAUUAAUUUCAUUUGACAAGACAGCACUGUUGCAUUUAUUUCCAGAGGAAUAUUGCUUAUAUGACACUUCAUUAAGCAAUAGAGCAACAUAAGUCAAAUAGCUGCAAUGACAUCCAUUUUCCAGGUUGAGAUAAGUUUGUGAUUGUCAGCUAUGGACAUUUUGAGAUAGCUAUUUCCAAAAAUCUGUAUUGACUAUCAGUAGAAAGUGUCCGUGUUGUGCAUGGAUUGAGCUAACAGUUGUGUUCUUAUACUGUGAAAGGCCAAGAAAUCUGGUUAUACUCUUUCUGUCUUUUUUGCAAAUGGCUACAUAAAAAUUUACGAAGUGAAGGAUAGCAUGAAGUGUAUCCAAACACAAAUUUAUCGAAACGGAAAAACAUUCCCAUAGCAAAUAUUGUGAAUUACUUGUACUGUAAUUUCUUAUUUAUGUACAAUGUACAGACCCUUUAAGGUGGAUGUAAACCACUCUUAACGAAGGCAUUAGACUUAACCAAUUACCAUAGUUGUUUUUUUAUAUAUGCAGAACUGGGGUGAGAAAUAGUUUUGACACUUUCUGUGGAUAAUUCUUUUCUAUGGUGAGGAAAAACCACACACACAAGUACACACGGGAUUUUUAAAAGGUGAGAGCAUAGACCAUGUAAUAGUAAUCUGCUACAUAUCUGUGUUAGUUUUAACCAUAUCCAAUGAUGGCUGUACAGCUAAGCAACCUCUCACUCCUGAAAUAGCUGCUGAUCUUCCUUCAAUGUUCGAAAAGGUACAGACCAGAAUAGUGCAUAUAGGGCUGUUCGUAAUGACUUCUGUUUGCAGUAUUCUGUUCUUGAAACACAGCAGGUACUUCUGUUCAUACAGCUUGAGUAUAGAGGUCCUGACACUAAAGAAGCACUAACAUUUUAGCACGAAUACUUCCUUCGGUAUGAGUUUCCUCCUGUCUGUAAAAUCAUAGUAAUGCAUCAUAUUGUAUGUUGCAUUAUUGUAAUACUUUGUUAGCAGCUCAGGAGCUUGGUUUGCCUUUGUACAUUAUUUUCCCAGCAUUUAAACCUUUGUGUAAUCAGUGCCAGAAGGUACUGCAAUCUUUAGGUUUACAUCACAGAUCCAACGCAUUAGACUCCUUUCGCACACAGAACUGUGCAUGUUGAUCUUUAUUCAGUCUAUAUUUAAAUGCCAUGUGUUGAUGACAGUAUUAUAGCUGGAAGAUGUGAUUAAGCUACUGUGGUCUAUGCCGAAGUGAAGAAUUUCCCAGAUAUAAGAAUAAAGACAGGGCUGCGUGCACACACACACAAACACACACACAUAUUCCACACUGGAAAAACAACUUUCUCACUCCUUUUGAUUCCACAAAAGGGAAUAUGGCAAUGCAAUAUUCAGUAUUGUCAGUAUUGUAUUAUGCACAAAAGCUAUUGAAACGUUAGUUUUAAAUUUUGUGCCUUUAUAGCGACCAGUUAUCUGUAAAUAUAGAGCAGAUACAGAUUGUGUUUUGGGAGGGAAGGGGUCCUUUUUAGUGAUUUUUAAAUGAAUAAAUAAAUAAAUGAAAGAUGGAAUUAAACAUUUAAAAGUGGGAAUUUUCCAAACUAAUCAAAUGUUACAUGAAAGAAUAAAUUUAUAUAACCCCCUU